UCUCUGUACUCCUUUGUGUUUUAGGCGUGUUUCUUUUUCCUUUCCCCUUCCCUUUUCACUUAUAAUGGCUCGUACGAAGCAGACAGCUCGUAAGUCUACGGGUGGCAAGGCGCCCCGUAAGCAGCUGGCUACUAAGGCCGCUCGCAAGAGUGCCCCUGCUACCGGCGGCGUGAAGAAACCUCACCGCUACCGGCCGGGCACUGUGGCUCUGCGGGAGAUUCGGCGCUACCAGAAGUCUACCGAGCUGCUCAUCCGCAAGCUGCCGUUCCAGCGGCUGGUGCGCGAAAUCGCGCAGGACUUCAAGACGGACUUGCGUUUCCAGAGUUCGGCCGUGAUGGCUCUGCAAGAGGCUAGCGAAGCCUAUCUAGUAGGGCUUUUCGAGGAUACAAAUCUUGCAUCCAUAGUUGCCAUGUCCGGUCGCGGUAAAGGAGGCAAAGGGUUGGGGAAGGGCGGGGCCAAGCGGCACCGGAAAGUGCUGCGGGAUAACAUCCAGGGAAUCACCAAGCCUGCCAUUCGACGUUUGGCUCGGCGAGGGGGUGUCAAGCGUAUCUCGGGGCUGAUCUACGAGGAGACCCGGGGGGUGCUGAAGGUGUUCUUGGAGAACGUGAUCCGUGACGCCGUCACUUACACGGAGCACGCCAAGAGAAAGACCGUCACGGCCAUGGACGUGGUCUACGCUCUCAAGCGCCAGGGUCGCACUCUGUAUGGCUUUGGGGGCUAAACGCUUCUGCCGGGGUCAGACACUGUCCGCUUCUCGUUCCCUAAAGGCCCUUUUCAGGGCCACCCA